GUCGGGAGCGCGCUGGGUCCAGCUGCGCAUGCGCUCCCCCCUGCUUGGAGAGCCGAGGUUGCUUCCUCGGACCUGGAGGGGCCGGGCUGGCGGGCGCGCGCCUGAGGCUGCUGCCGGGGCUCUUGGAGCGGUAUCCUGUUUGCUGGCCGAGUUUGGGAUGGCAAGUCCUCCUCUUCACUGCCUUUCCUGAGGACUAGAGACCCUGUAGGAAUUUGGCGAGGAGGUUAUGGUGCCCUCACUCUGCCCUCUGAGUGCCAGGGAGAAAGAGAAAGGCUAGAGAGGCCUUUGCCCGUAGCCCGCCAUGAGUCGCCCGCAGGUCUCCUCCGACCUCCACCGCAUGGUCUCCGGGGCCGUUGAGGGGCCGGAGCAGGAUGGGCCCAGCCCCACGUCGCCCACCUUUGGGGCGCAGAAGGCGGCCGAGGAGGAGGAAGAGAAGGACCUGAGCAAAGCCCUGCGGGUGGAGCGCUUUGAGGAGAUCCUGCAGGAUUCGCACCCGCGCAAUGUGGAGGAGGCUGGGCGGAGCUACAGCGAGGAGGACUUUGAGUACCACCGCCAGUCGUCCCACCACAUCCACCACCCUCUGUCGAGCCACCUUCCCUCGGACACCCGGAGGAAGAAGGGCAUCUCCAGGAAGGCCAAGAAGAAGAAGGAGAAGCAGGCGCAGCCGCAGCGCCCCUCCGUCCCUGGGGAGACCCCCACCAUCGAAGAGGAGGAGGAGGAGGAGGCCGAGGAGGGAGAUGAGGAGGCCGAUGAGGACACCUGCGACACCGAGACAGAGCAGACCCCCGAGGACCUGCUGCUGCUGCACGGCUCUCCGGAGGGGGUGCAGUUCUUCUUGCACGAGGACGAUGGAGUAGAGCGGCAGACGGAGGGGGCAGCCAGCCCCACACUGCCCCUCAGCUCCUCCACAGACUCUGGGGGCUCCCCGGCUCCCAAGGGGGCCAAAGCAGGCAGCUCAGAUGCCGAGGAAGCGGCCGGCACGGAGGCGCCCAGCAUGGCCGAGGCGGGCUCCCCCGGGAGGGCGCUCUCCAAGUCCCAGCCCGGGCACCGCAGCUACAACCUCAACGAGCGCCGCCGCAUCGGCAGCAUGACGGGCAUCGAACAGACCCGCUACCCCAAGGUGCCCACCGAUGAGUCCGAGGCCCAGACCCUGGCCUCCGCCGACCUGGACUUCAUGAAGAGCCACAGGUUCGAGGACGUCCCUGGGGUGCGGCGCCACCUGGUCCGGAAGAGCGCCAAAGGCCAGGUGGUCCACAUUGGCAAGGACCGCAAGGAGCCCAGCGCCCGGCAGAGGAAGCAGGACCGGCAGCCCCACGAGGUCUUUGUGGAGCUGAACGAGCUGAUUGUGGACAAGAACCAGGAGAUGCAGUGGAAGGAGACGGCUCGCUGGAUCAAGUUUGAGGAGGACGUGGAAGAGGAGACGGAUCGCUGGGGGAAGCCGCACGUGGCCUCGCUCUCCUUCCGGAGCCUCCUGGAGUUGCGCAGGACCUUGGCUCACGGGGCCGUCCUCCUGGACCUCGACCAGAAGACCCUGCCAGGGGUGGCACACCAAGUAGUGGAGCAGAUGAUCAUUUCGGACCAGAUCCGAGCGGAGGACCGCGCCAACGUGCUACGGGCGCUGCUCCUCAAGCACAGCCACCCCUCGGACGAGAAAGAGUUCUCCUUCCCGCGCAACAUCUCUGCCGGCUCCCUGGGCUCCCUGCUGGGCCACCACCACAGCGCCAACCACGUCGGCGAGGGGGCUGAGCCCACCGUGACCGACCCCCUCAUUGGGGGCCACGGCGGGGAGCACGAGACCCGGGUGGACAUCGAGAAGGAGCGCGAAGUGGCGUCCCCAACGCUCCCCGGCCCCAUCACCAGGUCCAAGUCGAAGCACGAGCUGAAGCUGCUGGAGAAGAUCCCAGACAAUGCAGAGGCCACCGUGGUGCUUGUGGGCAGCGUGGAGUUCCUGGACCAGCCCACCAUGGCCUUUGUACGGCUGCAGGAGGCGGCGCUGAUGGACUCGGUGCUGGAGGUGCCCGUCCCAGUGCGCUUCCUCUUUGUCCUGCUGGGACCCAGCAGCGCCAACAUGGACUACCACGAGAUCGGGCGCUCCAUCUCCACCCUCAUGUCCGACAAGCAAUUCCACGAGGCAGCCUACCUGGCCGACGACCGCCAGGACCUGCUCCACGCCAUCAACGAGUUCCUGGACUGCAGCGUGGUGCUUCCUCCCUCAGAGGUGCAGGGCGAGGAGCUGCUGCGGAGCGUGGCCCACUUCCAGCGAGAGAUGCUGCGGCGGAGGGAGGAGCAGGAACGGCGCCUGCUCCUGGGGGCCGCCAUGGAGCCCAAGUCCCCCGAGGAGAAAGCACUACUGAAGGUGGAGGAGGAGGAGGAGCCGGACCCCCUCCGGCGAACGGGGCGCCCUUUCGGGGGUCUGGUCCAGGACGUCUGCCGCCGUUACCCCAAAUACCUGAGCGACUUCCGGGACGCCCUGGACGCCCAGUGUGUGGCUGCCAUCAUCUUCAUUUACUUUGCUGCCCUGUCGCCGGCCAUCACCUUUGGGGGGCUGCUGGGUGAGAAGACGCAGGGGCUGAUUGGGGUCUCGGAGCUGAUCAUCUCCACCUCGGUCCAGGGCAUCUUCUUCUGCCUGCUGGGCGCCCAGCCCCUCCUGGUCAUCGGCUUCUCAGGACCCCUCCUCGUUUUCGAGGAGGCCUUUUUCAUGUUCUGCACCUCGCAGGGCCUGGACUACCUGGUGGGUCGCGUCUGGAUCGGAUUCUGGCUCAUCCUGAUUGUGCUGGUCAUGGUGGGGUUUGAGGGCAGCUUCCUGGUGCGCUACGUCUCCCGCUUCACCCAGGAAAUCUUCGCCUUCCUCAUCUCCCUCAUCUUCAUCUACGAGACCUUCUUCAAGCUCAUCAAGAUCUUCCAGGAGCACCCGCUCAACAGCUGCACGAAAGCCAACGGCACCGGCGACAUCAGCCUGGAUGGCAACACCACCCUGGUCUUGGGCAACGGGACGUCCGUCCGCUCCGCAGCCAAAGUGACCGGCCAGCCCAACACGGCCCUCCUCUCGCUGGUCCUCAUGGCCGGAACCUUCUUCAUCGCCUUCUUCCUGCGCAAGUUCAAGAACAGCCGCUUCUUCCCGGGACGGGUCCGGCGUGUGAUUGGAGAUUUCGGGGUGCCCAUCGCUAUCCUCAUCAUGGUGCUGGUGGACUACAGCAUCCGGGACACCUACACACAGAAACUGUCAGUGCCCCACGGCUUCUCGGUCACAGACCCCCAGAAGCGGGGCUGGGUGAUCAACCCCCUGGGCGAGACUCAGGCCUUCCCCAUCUGGAUGAUGGUGGCCAGUGUCCUGCCGGCCGUCCUGGUCUUCAUCCUCAUCUUCAUGGAGACGCAAAUCACCACGCCUGUCCAUCGUGAUUGGCGACCUUCUGCGCAAGAUCCCCCUGGCCGUCCUCUUUGGGAUCUUCCUCUACAUGGGCGUCACCUCUCUCAACGGGAUCCAGUUCUACGAGCGACUCCACCUGCUGCUCAUGCCCCCCAAGCACCACCCGGACGUCACCUACGUCAAGAAGGUGCGGACGCUGCGGAUGCACCUCUUCACGCUGCUGCAGCUGGCCUGCCUGGCGGUGCUGUGGGCCGUCAUGUCCACGGUGGCCUCGCUGGCCUUCCCCUUCAUCCUCAUCCUGACGGUCCCCCUGCGCAUGUGCCUGCUCAGCCGCAUCUUCACCGAGAGGGAGAUGAAGUGUCUGGACGCAGACGAGGCCGAGCCCAUCCUGGACGAGAGGGAAGGGGUGGACGAGUACAACGAGAUGCCCAUGCCCGUGUGAGGCGGGCAGGAUGGACGGAGACCCGCAAAGGGCCCUGGAGAUGGCACCCCCAGUGCCUUGACCAGCCACCCCCCACCCCCCCAGUGCCUUCUUGCCCCGGAGCAGAGGGGUCGCCCCACAUCUCCCAGCCGCCUCUGGGUGGCGCUCAGCACACUCACACCCCCGAGACACCCCCCACCCCUUUGCUUCCGUGCGCCAGCCUUAGAGGGGGCGGGGGCCUGCCCCUCCCUCGCCCCCAAAGACAAUCACUCUCCAGCCCCGUCAAAUCUCAACACGGCUUUCUUAGGGCGGGGCGUCCGGCAAGGGCAGUGGGGCCGGGCCUCUCCCCUCACCUGGGGGCCUCUCCAGGCAGCACCGCCUCCCCAACCAUGCCCAGCCCAAGGCCAAGGAAGAGGCGCCCCCAGGAAGCGGGGCUGGGCACACCCCCCCCAGGAGGAAGUGAAUGGGGCAGGUCCAUAGGGCCGCACUGGAGGCAGGACGAUGCGUUGUGGGGAGGCUGGGGGGCGGCGGAAGGGAGCCCUCUGCCCCAUUCCUUGCUGAACGAUGGAGGUAAAUAAAGCAAGAGAAGGAGGCCGG